GAAACCCCCACAGGAGCUCUAGCUGCCGGAUACCUGAGACAUCUCAAAUCAUCCCUCUGACCGACGAGCGCACGGCGCGCCACGGAAUGCGCAGGAGCGACCGACUGUCCGCUGGACGAGGGCGCGCGGUCAAGCCAUGGGUCCUUCUUCAGCACCUUUGAGUUCUUAAUGCAUUAUGAUGUCCUAAAGUCAUAGAGACAACUGGAAAUCCUUUGAAUUCUCCUAAAGGCAGCGUCUGUAUUGGAAUAAACUAUCAGCUGGUGAAUUUCACUGUUCGGAUGGAUGAUUUGGUCAGAUUCCUCAUUCAUCGUGAUGCGCGUUCAUUCCGUUUCCAAGUGUCUUAUUGACUGACCGCGGAUCAAUUUUUGGACGUGGGCUGACGGCUGGAGAGGAAGAUGACAGCUCUCAACCCAGUGCUGUUCCUGCUCUGCGGUGUCUCUGUGUCUCUGACUCUGAAGGUGGUGUCAAAGAGAGGCUCAGUGGACGGCUGCACUGAUUGGUCCGUGGACUAUCUGAAGUACCGGGUGUUACACGGAGAGCCGGUGAGGAUAAAGUGUGCUCUGUUUUAUGGUUAUAUCAGAGCCAACUACACCCAGGCACAGAGCAUUGGACUUAGUCUGAUGUGGUACCGGAGUUCUGGGUUGGGACAUGGCGACUUCGAGGAACCCAUCUCCUUUGAUGGGGUACGCAUGAGCAAAGAGGAAGACGCCAUCUGGUUUCGGCCUGCUGAGCUGCAGGACGCCGGUCUGUACUCCUGCGUUCUGAGGAAUUCCACGUUUUGUAUGAAGGUGUCUAUGACUCUGUUGGUUGCUGAUAAUGACACAGCAGGAUGUUAUAACUCAAAACUGCGCUACACUGAGAAAGGAGAACUGGGAAAGAGUAAAGAAAUCUCCUGUCCUGAUAUCCAGGAUUACGUUCAGGCCGGAGAAAAAAUGCAGAUAACGUGGUAUAAGGAGUGUAACGUGCAGCACUGGAGGAGCAGCGUGCUUCAGACCGCAGACAUGCUCUCCAUACAGGAAGUGAGGGAGGAUGACAUCGGCAACUAUACCUGCGAGCUGGUUUUUGGAGGCUUCCUGGUGCGGAGGACGACCUAUCUGAGCGUGACAGCUCCUCUGACUGAAGAGCCCCCCAGGAUUCUCUUUCCCUCUGAAAACAAGCUUCUCACCAUGGACGUGCAGCUCGGAAGCAUGCUGAACCUGACAUGCAGAGCCUUCUUCGGAUACAGUGGGGACAUCAGUCCGCUUGUUUACUGGAUGAAAGGAGAGAAGUUCAUUGAGGACAUGGACCAGAGUCGCAUUCGAGAGAGUGAAAUCAAGACCAUCAGAGAACACCUGGGCGAACAGGAAGUGUCCAUUACUCUGACCAUAGAUUCACUGGAGGAGGUAGAUCUGGGUAAUUAUUCCUGUUAUGCGGAAAACGGCAACGGGAGAAGACAAGCCAAUGUACAGAUUGGGAAACGAGUGGAGCUGAUGUACACCGUGGAGUUGGCUGGAGGACUGGGUGCGAUUCUUCUGCUGUUGGCUCUGUUAUUGUCUGUGUACAAGUGCUACAGGAUCGAGCUGCUGCUGUGCUACAGGCAUCACUUUGGUGGGGAGGAUACAGACGGAGAAAAUAAAGAGUACGAUGCGUACCUGUCCUACAGUAAGGUUGAGCUAGAUCAAUGGGGUCAGGAAUUACAGGAAGAGGAGCGCUUUGCUCUGGAGAUUCUCCCUGACGUCCUAGAGAAACAUUACGGAUACAAACUCUUCAUCCCCGACCGAGAUCUCAUUCCGACCAGCAGUAUGAGCAGUCAGCAUUACCAGGAUGACACACAUCUUCUUAGAGCGUACAUAGAGGACGUGUCCCGCUGCGUAGACAUGAGUAAACGGCUGAUCAUCGUGCUGACCCCGAGCUACGUGCUGCGUCGCGGGUGGAGUAUAUUCGAGCUGGAGUCCCGUCUGCGCAACUCUCUGGUUUCAGGGGACAUUAAAGUGAUCUUAAUCGAGUGUGCCGAUCUGCGAGGAGUCAUUAACUACCAGGAGGUGGAGGAGUUAAAACAAUCCAUUAAAUGCCUGAGCGUGGUGCACUGGAACGGCCCGCAGAGCAACAAGCCCGGCUCGCGCUUCUGGAAGCAGCUCCGCUACACCAUGCCCUACCGCCGCCCCCAGCAAACCCUCACCAAUCACGCGCUGGACGCCAGCGAACCGGGGCCCUUCGCCGACCUGCAGACCGUCUCGGCCAUCUCCAUGGCCACGGCCACGUCCGCCGCCUUGGCGCCGGCUCACCCCGAGCUGCGCCCGUCCCUGCGGAGCUCGUACCGCUCGCACUCGCUGGCACGGCAGAAACACUCGCACUACCGCAGCUACGACUACGAGCUGCCCUUCACGGCCGGAGGAACGCUGCCGCCCCAGCACACCUACUGCAACCUGCCCCUCACCCUCCUGAACGGCCAACGGCCCGUCAACAACAAGACCCUGCGCCAGCACAGCCUGGACGAGCACCACGGCAACAACGCCAUGCUCCCGCUGCUGCCCAGAGAGACGAGCAUCUCCAGCGUCAUCUGGUAGACGCAGAGAAUCGGAAACGCAUCCCAGUUUGGGCCGCCUGGCACACGGGGGACUGAAUACGCUGGCAUACAGCACAGGACUCAAUGAGGUUAGUGGUUUCCUGUGAGCUAAAUGAUCGUUCUGUCCACGGUCUGAGGAUGUGAGUCUUUGAUCCGGCGGCGAGGGACGUCGCAGUGCCGUAUCCGUAGGCGUGAACUGAGCGUAUAAAGUCACACCACGUGGAGGUAUACAGGGUCUCGUGUAGAUGUUAGCGUUAUAUUUGUAGCACCGCUGUCUUCCUGUCUCCAUGUUCGGUUUGAUCACGCCAUCUAUUUUUACUCGUUAACGCUUGAUGCUUUUGUUUCGUCCCUUCUUCUUUUUUUUAGGCUUUGGACAUUCGAUUGAGAUUUUUUUGUUUUUUCUACCUUCUUUUGGACUGAAAUAUUCCUCGUUUGAUUUUAGCUACUGUCGUUUUGCUCGGAAGCUACUGCGUUUUGUUCCGUCCCUCUUUCUGUUGUCCGAUGUAAGGUAUGUAUUUAUGGUUUUAAUUGCAAAAUUUUCAAGAAGGAAAUAUAUUACAAAUUAUGCAAAAUAUACGAAAGCCUAAAGGGGUCGACAGAGGUGAUCAGAGAGCGGCGCUGUUUUCUUUUACAAAAGGAGCAGUACCAUUUCUCAAAUAUUAAGGGGAUUUUAAAUGAUGAGAAAUCUAUUUUUAUAUCUGAAGAGUGCUGAUUCUCUCUAAUACCACAGGGUCAAUGGGACAAUGGGACUGAAGACUCUCUUAUUUGUGAAUUUGGGUAUUUUAUACAGUUUGCUACGUUGUUCUCAUCUGUGGAGAAAAGGAGAAAAGUUUUACGUUAACUUCUGAAACAAUAAUCGACUGCAUUUUUGUUUGUGUUUUUUUUUAUUUAUGUUCAUAGUCUAGGACUUUUGAUUCACAGACAGACUUUUUUCACCUUCUUUCACAAUCUGUUUAACUCUCAGUCUGACGUCUUAACACACUGGUUACAUGCUUGUCUUUUUCUCCUCUAGCUGCUGUGUGACUCAGAUACAUGCUGGCAUGUUUCGCAGAGGAACACAGGCCUGUAUACUCGCAUUCUAGCAUAGAGUGUCAAAUAACUCCGCUUGAAAACAUACCAUAUGAUUUAAUAAAUGCCCAAAGUCGA